ACGGCCGCGGCCCUGCUGAGGGGAUCGGUCCCGAGCCCGAGAGUGGGGGGCCCCUGGGAUCCCGCAGAACAGAGCAUUCGGAGGGUCAGGGUCGCUCUCCGCCCAGACUCUGCUUGCUGCUUUCGGGGGGUGUCGUGGCCGAAUCCUUCCCGGCCGAAGCGGUGGAGAAGGGAAACGGGGCCCAUUCCGGCCCCCCUCCCCAAGAGAAAUGGAUCAAGAUGAUCCCGGAGAGGCCAUGGCAGAACUACAGGACCGCCACUUUGGGGGACUGGGUAUCCUACAAGUGGCAGCUGGCACUAGUUUACUUGCCUAUGCAGUCUGGGCAGGGUUACUUAUGCCUGGUUUCCGAAAAGUGCCCCUGAGGCUUCAGGUUCCCUAUGUCCCAGCAAGUAGGAAACAGGUAGACAAUGUGAUGAGACUUCUCCAGGGCCGCUCUGGCAAGAUGGUGGACUUGGGCUCUGGUGAUGGCAGGAUUGUUUUGGCAGCAUACAGACAAGGAUUCUGUCCUGUUGUGGGUUAUGAACUGAACCCCUGGCUUCUGCAGCUUUCCCGGUUCCAUGCAUGGCGUGCUGGUUGUGCUCAAAAGGUCUCCUACCAGAAAAAGGAUCUCUGGAAGGUGAAUCUGGCUGACUGCAAAAACAUCACGGUCUUCCUGGCUCCCAGUGUGCUUCAUCUUCUGGAAAACAAACUACUAGAGGAAUUGCCUAACGAGACCCGAGUGAUAUCUGGUCGAUUCCCUCUUCCCAACUGGGAGCCAACAGCUACGGUCGGUGAGGGCCUGGACAAGGUUUGGGCUUACGAUAUUGGAGACAUCCGGCAAAACAUGGAGACAAGGGCAACUGCCUUCCUACAGGGAACACCUGUCUAGAUUUUGGGGAGGUGCGGCUCCCUUCAUGAGAGGGGGGCACUUUACCUUCUAUGUAAGGCCCCUUAGGUAGCCCUUAUUUGAACCAUGGAUUUUCCCUCAACUACAGAGAACCAGGAUGUGUGCCUCCCCAGGAUAGAGCUGAUCUUGGUCACUGUAUUUGAGGCUCAAAAAAUUAUUUGGAAUCAACACUUGGAGAAGUAGUUCAGGAUCACCUCUAAAGAUUUUCAUGGCAGCUCUAAGUUAGAACUGAAACUAGUUUCCUGAGAUUCACAUUUGAACACAAUAAAAUUUUUCCAUUUUGA